AGGGUAUUUAUGCUGCAGCAGGUCUGGCAGUUUAGAUGUUCCAGUCAUGGCUUUCUACAAAGUGAUCUGUUUGGCUGCUGUGCUGAUGCUGCUGACCCAAGAGUCUGAGUCACAGCUGGAUGUUUGCGGUCAGCCGAGUCUGAACACCAGGAUUGUAGGAGGACAGGACGCCCCUCCUGGCAGCUGGCCCUGGCAGGUCAGUCUGCAAAGAUCUGGGAGCCAUUUCUGUGGAGGAUCCCUCAUUAACAGUCAGUGGGUGCUGUGUGCUGCUCACUGCUUUCAGAGUUACACUGCAAGCAGUGUGACUGUGUCUCUGGGCCGUCAGAGUCUGAAGGGAUCCAACCCCAAUGCGGUGUCUCGUUCAGUAUCACAGGUCAUCAAACAUCCCAACUACAACUCUGUUACCUCUGACAAUGACAUCGCCCUCCUGAAGCUCUCCUCAUCAGUGACUUUCACCAACUACAUUCGGCCCGUCUGCCUGGCAGCCUCAGGCAGCACCUUCUACAACGGCAUUAACACCUGGGUCACCGGCUGGGGCAAUAUUGCAAGUGGAGUGUCCCUUCCUUCCCCACAAAACCUGAUGGAGGUGAAGGUUCCCAUUGUGGGAAACAGGAAGUGUAACUGUGACUAUGGAGUGGGGUCGAUCACUGACAACAUGGUCUGUGCCGGGUUAUCUGCAGGAGGAAAGGACUCCUGUCAGGGGGAUUCAGGAGGUCCAAUGGUGAGCAAGCAGAACGGUCGCUGGAUUCAGGCGGGAAUCGUCAGUUUUGGGGAAGGUUGUGCUUUGCCAAAUUUCCCAGGAGUCUACACCAGAGUAUCCCGGUACCAGACCUGGAUCAACAGCCAGAUCACCUCCAACCAGCCGGGCUUCAUCACAUUCACAUCUAGUGGGACCAACAGUGACCUGAGUGUCUCCUGCAGAGGACUGCCAGCAGUGCCAACCACCACUACAACCACCACCACCACCCCUCCAACAACCACCACUCGUCCAACAAUCACGCUGCCUCUAACCCCUCCCCAACCGGUCUGUGGACAACCUCCGAAGAAUUCUGGUAUUUUGGGAGGAAACUCUGUGGCAGCAGCUGGCUCGUGGCCGUGGAUGGCGAGUCUACAGAAGAAUGGAAGUCAUGUGUGUGGUGGGACUCUGGUGGCCGUGGACUCAGUGCUGAGCAACGCCAACUGUUUCUCAAGCUCCUCUGUAGCGUCUGAGUGGACUGUCGUGUUGGGUCGUCUGAAUCAAAAUGGAUCCAACCCCUUUGAGGUGACGCUGAACGUGACAAAUAUCACUCUGAGCCAGUCAAAUGGGACCAACAUAGCCAUUCUCCAUCUAUCAGCCAGGCCCACCCUGACUGACUACAUCCAGCCUAUCUGCUUGGACAACGGACAAACCUUCUCCGAGGGCUCGGUGUGCUGGUCAGCCGGCUGGAGUCCUGGAAGAGGAGGGGCUGAACAAGUUCUGCAGGAGUUUCAGACCUCAGUGGUAAAUUGUGGGAAUGCAUCAUCGAGUGAGAACAUCUGUACAGGAUCUUUUACUCUGGAGCAGGGCGAUUCUGGCGGCCCGCUGAUGUGUAAGCAGGACGGCUCUUGGUUCCAGGCGGUUGUGUUAACAGCUCAAAGCACCUCCACCAGGAAAAGACAAGAGACUGCAGUGAUGAGAUUCACCAGAGUGAGCAGCUUUGAGACCUUCCUCACUGAGACAUUAGGAACACGGUUGUCUCCAGCUUCCAACACCACCAAAACCCCCAAUACCACCAAUACCACCACCAAUGUCACCACCAUGGCCAUCUCACCCCCAACUGUAUUGCAAACCAGUGGGUCCCCUUCUGCUCACUCCCUCAACUUUAUGUUCCUCCAUCUCCUCAGUCUCACCUUGUGUCUCCAACUCUUCCUGUAGAGAAGUCUGACUUUGAUGAACACAAAUGAAUGUUAAUGAGCCUCCACUUUGAGACUUCACAGACUUAAAUCUGUACCUGCUAAUCUCUGAAUUGAUUUUGCCUUAAUUGGUUUUCCGCAAAGAGCUGAGUGGUGAAGGUGCAGGGGAUUAAAUCAGGCAUUCAGACAUGAACUUCUCCAGGAUGAAUCAUCAACACAAACAUCAAGACGAGCUGAUGGCGAGGUCGACUAAACACCCCAGACAGCACUGCGGUGCCAGGGUCCAAUCAGAGAGCUUGAAGUGGCCAGUUUGAUUUUUUUCGGUUUUUGUCUUGAUUACAGUGAAAAACGCUCAGGUUCAUCGUGCCACACAGCUCUGACUCCUGGCCUCUGAGACUUGUGGGUACAGCGCCAACGUGUUAUGAAGCCAUAAGCAGAAUUUGAUUUGGGGCCCCCACUCCCAGCUAAACCCAUCGCCAACCCCCCAUCUCAGCACUGCAUUCCAAGUACAAUGCAUUGUACUUCUAAAACACCCAUUACUAUUACUAUGAGCAGACAAUGCAUUUACCAAACAAGUUAACUAUUUUAAUCACUUUGAAAUGUGCAAAAACAUAAAUAACAUAAAUAUGAAUAUUAAUAUUAGAGAAACUAUAAAUACAAAAACAGACAAUUUGAAUGUUUGUAUCUGUUAAUAAUAAAAAUGUUUCACAGCUUAGUCCAACCUCACCUGUACUUAGCUGAUCAAUCACAAGCUGAUGGUGUUCCAAAAUAUUUCAGCCGUGCUCCUGAGAAACAGUUGAUAAAACAGGAUGAGUUUAUUAUCCAUAUUAUUUUAUUACCAACUUACAGCAAACUCUAAUACCUCAGAGGAAAUGAGCAUAACAGCAGCACCCAAAGCAGGUCUGACUAAAUCAAACAAUGAGCUAACUGAGGUGUAACGAUGCUGGAAUAUAACUGCAAACAUGAUCAUAAUGUAACACUGUUAUCAGAGUCUAUGAUACAGAAUUGCUGUUUCAUACUGACACAAUGCUGGGACAUAUCUCAGCCUGGCACCAGGAGGAUCUGAGGAUAUCCCAUCAGCAUGUGACCAGUAGAGUAACUCGGCUCAGAGAACCGUGGUUAUGUUUCAGUAACAUAAUCAGCAACAGUUCUUUACAGCCUAACUAGCUAAUGUAAUAUUAUAAUAUGUAAAUGAGCAAGACCACAUAUGUUUACUAGGCCGUGAACUGACUAGUGAGCUAAGGCAGGGUACCAACCAUAAUGCCUGUGGUUUCCAUACAACAUAACCUUAGCUCACCUGUUUGAGGCUUCACUUUAACUAAAGUCAUUCUUGGUGAGUAACUAUGAUAAAAUAUUGUAAUUACUCACGGAAACACACCUUUAUCCUGCUGAUUUUGUCUUCUUUUGCUUCCCCCACCCUGUGGGAUCAAUCCUUUUUGGAGCAGAUUUGUGAUCAAUGAUAAUGUGUAUGAACCUGAGCCCAGCUCUGACACAGGCAGCAGAAAUUAUUAAGCCAGUAAUGUCAUCAGAUUGUCUGUAUGUGACAUUCAAGUGCUCAUGGGGGCCCAAAUCAGCUGCUUAGUCUGCUCACGCCUCGGCCGGCUCUGAGUGGGUGAUGUCGUAUUUGGAGCCAGUCACCUUAACAAACUGCCCACAAUGUGAGUCUGAAAGCAACAACAGAGGAAACACACUGUAAGAAACACCCGCUUUGAUCCAGCAGAGGCUGUAAUAUAGAACUGAGCAGGAAGAUUUGAUGUUUUAUGUGCCAGAUUAUUUUUUGAAGCAGAGCAUUUUGAUGUUGGAUCAUGACUCAUACACUGUGAACACUUAAUUAAAUUUAGUGUUAGUAUUAUAAUCUGUACAGGGUUUCUGAUAGAAAAAAAAAGUAGAACUACUAUAUGUGUUUUUGUAACUCUGAAGCCCAAGGCUCAAGCUGGACUUUGGUUUAAGGCUGUAAAAAUGAAGAAUUUUUUAAACUUGCACUGAACAUGGAAACGUAGCCCAACAGUUUGACAUUUAAUGAAUUAUCUGAAGCUGAACAGAUCGUUAGGAUAUCUGCUCCAGAGCCACAUGCUCACAAGAUUGAAGUAAUUCACUGUUUUAUCCUGCAGUCUUUAUUGAUCUGAUCUAAAGAAGCAUAUCGUGGAGAUCUGAGACCACGGGGGCAGUGAUCAGACUGUCCCUCAUCUACCUCGUCUUUGGGUCACAAACAAACAGAAUUUGCUCUGAAAACUGUUAAACUGCACUGGAACAGAUAAUUGUUGGAUAUGAAUGAUAAAUGAAUUAAAAAA